AUGGAACCAACCUUAUCUCAAGGUGUAGCAUAUGGUGUCAUCAUAGGUGGCGGCGCAUUCUUUGCCAUAGUGAUGAACUAUUUCACUCACCUCCAGAACCGUUACAGUCGUUACAAUUCCAACAAGAUUGAUGAAUUCGUUUCAGGAAGCAGAUCCAUAGGGUUCGGAUUGCUUCUCAGUGGUAUCUUAUCCAAUUGGACAUGGAGUUUAACUUUACUUGAAUCGGCUGUCAAGAGCUACAAUAUGGGCUUCAGUGGAAGUUAUUGGUACGGUAUUGGAGGUUUGUUGCAAGUUUCUGUCUUCUCUGUCAUCUCUAGUAAGAUCAAGAAGAAUGCAAAUUUGGUCACCACGUUUCCUGAAAUGGGCUAUUUCAGGUUUGGAAGAGCUGGCCAUUUAGCAUUCUUGUGGUGUGGAUUCAUUUGUAAUGCCAUUGUCAGUUCGUGUAUACUACUUGGAGGUAGUGCAGUAUUUCAUGCUAUAACCGGUAUUAAUCAAUAUGCUGCUCUCUUUCUUAUUCCAUUUGGAGUUGCCGUAUACGUGUCCUUCGGUGGAUUGCGUGCUACAUUCAUUUCAGAUGCUACUCAUACUUGUAUAAUUCUUGUCUUCUUAAUCGUUUUCAUGUUCGAAGUUUACGUUACCAAUCCAAAGAUCGGAUCUCCUGAAAAGAUGUGGGAAUUGCUUGAACUGCUUUCUCCAGUCGACGGAAACUAUAGCGGUUCCUACUUGACUUUUAGAUCCCAACAAGGUGCAAUAUUUGCUGUAGUUAGUAUUAUCACUGGAUUUGGCUUGGUUGUUAACGACCAGGCGUAUUUGUCCAGAGCUGUUGCAGCAGACCCGAGAUUUACAUCCAGAGCAUACUUUUUUGCUUCAGUUUGUUGGUUUGUCAUCCCUUUCUCAAUAGGAACAUCGUUGGGUCUUGCAGCUAGAGCUCUCACGGUAUACCCUGAUUUCCCUGCUUUGUCUGAUUUCGAAGUCGGAGAAGGCUUACCAGCUGUAGCUGCUGCCACUUAUUUAAUGGGUAAAUCUGGACUGGCAAUGAUGAUUGUGAUGAUUUUCUUUUCAGUUACGUCGUCCUUUGCUGGCGAGUUGAUUGGUACUUCUACUUUACUUUCUUAUGAUGUCUAUAAGAGGUAUUACAAACCAGAUGCUACUCCUAAAGAAGUUGUCACAGCAGCCAAAAUUUUUGUCUUCCUUUGGGCCAUAUUUGCUUCAUCUUUAGCUUCUAUAUUUUACGGUGCAGCAAAAAUUUCCAUGGGGUGGUUAUUCAAUUUCUUGGGAGUUGCUACUGCUUCUGGUGUCUUCCCCAUUGCUCUUACAUUCACCUGGAAAAGAUUGAAUAAAUCAGGUGCUGUUGGUGGAUCUGUAGGAGGCAUGGUAUUGGCCCUAGUUGUCUGGCUCGUCACAUGUAAAGCUAGCAAGGGUGAAAUCAAUGUCACCAACUUGUCAGAUCAAUGGGUCUCGUUUGCCGGUAAUGUCACAGCCCUUAUUCUGGGAGGCGUUAUUUCAAUAGGAUCAUCUCUAAUUUGGCCAUCUACAUUCGAAUUUGAAGAAACCAGAAACAGAACAAGUUUGAUUUCUGCACCUGUUAAGAGUGAACCAGCGUUGAACGAAACCAAGGAACAAAACGAAAAGAGCUCUGACCUCAAAAUCACUGAAAGCGAUAAAGACAUUGAACUGGCUUCAGUAGAUACCGACUUGGACAUGGACCUUCACCAAGUGAUUGACCACCAGCAUUUAGAUAGACAGUUCAAGAAGUACUGUGGUUUGGUUGCAAUUCUUGCGGUUAUCAUGACAUUUAUAAUCCCUGUUCCAUUAGGAGCAAGCCCAUAUGUUUUCUCGCCCGGCUUUUUAAAGGGCUGUGUCAUAAUUAUUAUCGCCUGGCUAUUCUUCUCAUUUUCUUUCGUUGUUCUUCUUCCAAUAUUUGAAGCUAGGAAAGAAGUAUGGAGAAUUACCAAGCUGGUUCUCUCUUUUGGACUGUAA